AUGGAGAAUGCAGAUGGCUAUAUGGUAUUGGAUUACAAGAAUUGUUUCAAAUUCAGGCAGAAAUCUAAAGGUUUCUCCCUGUAUCUACAAUAUUAUUGCUUAUUAGUAUGCAGCUGCAUUGGGAUCCUUAUUUUUAUGAUCACACUGAUUUGCCUGAACUUUUGGGGAAAUAAUUAUUUGUGCUCAAAAGACUGGCUGCUGAACCAAGAGAAAUGCACGUUUUCAAUUUCUUCUAAAACUUGGAAUGAGAGUGACUUGGGGACCCUACCCUUCUGCCAUUUUGCCCCCUCCUCCGAGAGUCAACAUGAUUGUGCAAAUCUACAAGCACAUUUACCAGUGAUCCAAACUUUUAAAGAGCUGGAGUCCAUACAGAGGACUUUAAAACCUGGAAGUCCUGGUUGGAUUGGACUAUAUGUUACAUCCCCAGGAAAAUGGAUGUGGAUAAAUAAAUCCCCUUUUCGCUCAAAUGUCUAUGCUUUAUCUCCUAGUUUUCUCAUAACUGGACCAACGGAUCACAAGCGCUGUGCUCUCAUAACAGGAAAUCAGGUAUAUUCUGAAGACUGUAACUCCAAAUUUAAUGGCAUUUGCCAAAGAGAUGCUUUCUGA